UGGACGUUGACCAAUCAGACAGCUGCAUGUGGAAGGUCUCAGCCAAUGAUGGAGGCCUGGCCAGCAGCCUGGGUCCUACUUUUAACGCUAAUCGCUGAUUGGCUGGAAGCGGCUCAAUCGCGGGACUUCACUGUGAAGGACAUCAUCCUGCUCCAUCCAUCAACCACUCCUCAUCCUGGAGGGUUCAAGUGCUUCACAUGUAAAGAUGCACCAGACAACUACGAAUGCAAUCGCUGGGCUCCGGACGUAUACUGCCCACGAGAGACCAGGUACUGCUACACCCUCCAUGUGUUGGACGUCCAGGGGAACACAGUGUCUGUGACCAAACGCUGUGUGGCCCUGGCCCACUGUCUGUCUACAGGCUGCACCCAGGACAACCAUGAAGGAUACAAGGUCUGCACUGCUUGCUGUGAAGGAAACAUCUGUAACAUGCAGUUGCCAAGAAACAAGACAGACGCCAUC